CUAAGAAAAAACGCCGGGCGUACCUAAGAAUUCGUGUCGUAACUAGAAAAUAACUGUGUACACUGCUCGCAGCGGUGCACGAAAAAAAAUCUUGUCUGCGCAAGACACGACGCGGCGAACGUUGUUGCGGAGCGGCGGGGGGGCGGUGUAGUAGGGUUGAGCCAGCCCAGUUUUUGUUGUGCGUUGUGCGUUUGGUGUGGACGUGUAUUGCAGCGUAGAGUACAAAAUGGCUGAUGAGUUACUUAUAACUUUAGUAGAAGGACGACCGGUAUUGUGGGACAAAACUUUAGACAUAUAUAAAGAUAAAAGACUCACAUACGAAGCAUGGAGAGAAAUAUUUACUAUCUUAAACAAAGACUUCGACGAAAUGACAAAUGUCAAAAAAAAUGAAUAUGCAAAGUCUACAGCAAAAAAAUGGACAAGUUUGCGAGAUAGGUGGAUGAAAUGUCACAGAAGACUUAAAGAAAUGAAAUCGGGAUCGGGUGCUAAGAAGAUUCGUAAAUGUGAUUUUUACGACGAAAUGUUAUUUUUGACAAAAAUUGUAACACGCCGAGACACUGAGUCAAAUAUACCCGAAACAACAAACGUGGAAAAAAGUCCCGUAGAACAUACACCGAUCGCGAAAAAAAAGAAACAGGAUGUUAGCGAGGUGGACAAAAAUAUGGCAGAAUUUAUAAAGGCUGUUACCAAAGAAGAAGAGAGCCGUGCCAUGUCAUUUUUUAAAAGUAUAGCUCCGAGUGUUGAUAAGUUCAGUGAUGAGGAAAUGGUGGAUUUCCAGUUUGAAGUUUUAAAACUUGUGCGUUCUACGCAACAACGAAAGGGAAGUGAUGUUCAUCAUACUCGACAUACCGGCCCAUCAUACUCGACUCGACCAGGUUACAGUACUCAAAAAUCUACAUCCAUUGAAUUUGACACCGAAACUAUUAGUAGUGUGGAAACAUCGCAUACAGAUGAAUUUCACUUUGACUUUUCUGAAGAAUAUGAACAUGUGGAGUCUGUUGAAUUUGGAAACAUGUAACACUUCAAAGACAUUUAUUAUUGUAUAACGUUCAAAUCAAUAUGCUUAAAAAAAUUACUUACCUUAAUG